AUGACCCACGUCAACAAGACUUCCAGACAGUCCUAUGACAGUGUCAUGGAUGGGGAUGACAUACACACAGAUGUGUUUGAGUGGGCAAUGCAAGGAAAUACAGACGCCCUGGAGAAGCACUCUGGGCACCUGGAUAUACGGGACCACAACGGUGCCAGCCCCCUGCACUAUGCUGCAUCCAAGGGACAUCUGUGCACCAUAAGAUUUAUUGUGAUGAUCACCGGACAACAAGAGCUGAAUAUCAGGGAUGAGGAGGGGAAUACUCCUCUGCACUGGGCUGUACAGAGAGAUCAGCCACAGGGUUGCUCUACGCUGCUGAGUCUGGGAGCGGAUCCUAACAUCCUCAACAACAGCCACCAGUCACCGCUGCAUCUGGCUGUCAGCCUAGGAAAUAAUUCCCUGGUAGCGCAACUUGUCUCACAUAAACUAACUGAUGUGAAUCUAGAAGGGGACUUGAGAAACACGCCUCUUAUUUUAGCGGCUUGCUUGAAUAACCAUGAGGCUCUGGAGAUUUUGUUCACACAUGGGGCAAAAUUAUGUCGUCAGAACAAACUUGGACAUUUUCCUAUUCAUGCUGCUGCAUUUUCCGGAGCGAAGAAAUCCAUGGAGGUAAUUCUGAAGAAAGGGGAAGAAGUCGGUCUAUCUAUUGACACCCACAUAAACUAUGUGGAUAAAACAUGCUCUAGUCCACUUCACCUGGCCGUGCGUGGAGGAAAUCUUGAAGUCAUUAAACUCUGCAUCGCAUACGGUGCAAAUAUUGAUCAGCAGCAGUGCGACAGGUCCACCGCUCUUCAUUUUGCAUGUAGUCAGGGUGCCAUCGAGGCUGUUAAAGUCAUGCUGUCAGCUUACCAUAAAGUGUGUGACCUUAUCAACAUCACUGACGGGGCCAAUCAGACACUUCUCCAUAAAGCGGCACUUUUUGAUCAUUUUGAACUCUCCGAGUACCUCAUUUCACAGGGUGCUGAUAUUGACUUCGUUGACUGCAAAGGUCAUUCACCGCUCCUUCUGGCGACCAAUUGUGGAGCGUGGAGAACAGUUAAUCUGCUCCUUUCUCAUGGGGCCGACAUGAAGACAAAAGAUAAAUCUGGAUGUAAUUUCUUGCAUCUCGCAAUUUUGCAGCCUAGGGGUCUAAAAAACCUGCCCACAGAGGUACUGCAGCAGGAGAGUGUGAGAGAGCUGCUGAACGAAGAGGAUUUCGAGGGCUGUACUCCUCUUCAUUAUGCCUGCAGACUGGGAAUACCAGAGUGUGUGAAAAAUAUUCUGGGGUUAGAAAUCUCGCUCAACCAAAAGUGCAAACAGAAUAAAUCUGGACUACAUUUUGCUGCCGAAUAUGGAAGGAUCAACACGUGCCACAGGCUUGUAGAGAUGAUGACAGACACCAGACUGUUGAAUGAAGGGGAUUGGAAGGGACUGACCCCGCUGCACCUGGCCUCCCGCGGCGGUCACGUUAAAGUUGUUGAGCUCCUCCUCCGCAAGGGGGCGUUGUUUCACAGUGACUACAGAGGAUGGUCGUGUUUGCAUCAUGCUGCCUCUGAAGGAUACACUCAGACAAUGGACACAUUACUGGCAUCUAACAUUAAGCUUCUGGAUAAAACCGAUGGAGAUGGGAGCACAGCUUUACAUCUAGCUGCUCGGGCAGGUCAUGUGGCAGCAGUAAGACUGCUAUUGUACAGAGGAGCUAAGAUGACCCUGAACAAGUGCGAUUCAUCUUUCUUACAUGAGGCCGUACACAACGGGAUGACGGAGGUCACCAAUGCUGUGAUCGAGAGUGAUAGGUGCGAAGAGGCUAUGACGACGUAUAAACCAAACUCGGGAAAACGCUUCAUUGUUAUGGACAUGAUCGAGUUUCUUCCAGAAUCCUUUAAACAUCUUCUAGACACUUGCAUAAAGGAAUCAGAGGAAGAUGUAAACUCCUGUAAUUACUUUAUUGAGUACAAUUUCCGGUGGCUUCAGUAUCCACUGCAAGAGCUUAAAAAAGCAAGUGGGGAAAGAGACAUCACCUACAAGCCUCUUCAUGCACUAAAUGCCAUGGUACAUUUUAAUCGGAUCAGUUUGCUGACCCAUUCAGUCUGCAAGAAAUAUUUGGAAAUGAAAUGGAAUACAUAUGGCAUCAAGGCACAUCUUCUGAAUAUGACUGUGUACGCGCUGGGGGUGUUUCCUUUAACAUACCUCAUUGUAAACCUGAAGCCCACCCUGAACAUUGCCAACAAUGUGACAUCAGUCAAAAUGGUCUGCACAUCCUUAUACAAGCAAUCCUAUUUAAUCACAACAUGCAUGUUCCUGAUUCUCGCUAUGAAUCUGUAUGCAGUUGGGAAAGAGAUCCUGCAAAUGACUCAACAGCGGUUGAACUAUUUGCGAGAUUUGUCUAACUACAUGGACUGGGCCGCUGCCAUCUGUGCCCUGCUGUUCGUGGUGCCCCUCCUGCUGAAUGCGAAGAGCUCCUGGCACUGGCAGGCCGGAGCACUUGCCGCUCUGACCUCCUGGAUCAAUCUUCUCCUCUAUCUCCAACGGUUUGAGCGAAUUGGUAUAUACGUGGUAAUGUUUCGAGAGAUCUCCCGCACACUUCUGAGCAUUAUAGUGCUGUUCUUUUGCUUGAUUCUGGCAUUUGCUUUGUCCUUCUAUGCCUUGAUGAUCGAGCAGCAACACUUUGGCAGGAUGUUCCUUUCACUGAUGCAGACCUUUGUCAUGAUGGUAGGAGAAAUCAACUACCAAGACAAUUUCCUGAAACCAUUCCUGCAGGGAACCCUUCCGUUCCCCAACCUGACACUGGCGAUGUUUGUUUGGUUUGUCUUACUCGUACCAAUUCUUCUCAUGAACCUUCUGAUCGGAUUGGCUGUUGGUGACAUAGCAGAGAUUCAGACGAAUGCUUGCCUGAAGCGUAUUGCAAUGCAGAUAGAACUUCACACAAAUCUGGAGGAAAGGCUUCCGUAUUGGUUUAUGAAGAGGGUGGACCAGAUCUCCGUUAAAGAAUUCCCAAACAGAUGCUUCAGAGGAAAGAAAAAGUGGUUUUUCUUUGGGAAUAAAGUGAAGAGGGUCCGGACCCGUCUCAGUCCCAGUACCCCUCAGUGCACUCCGCUAAAACGUGAGCUGACCAAACAGAAAUACAGGCUGAAGGAGAUGUCAGAUGUUAUGGAAAAGCAACACAACCUACUGAAGCUCAUAGUGCAGAAAAUGGAGAUCAGCUCGGAGGCUGAAGAUCAUGAUGGACCUCCGGUCUUUCAGGAGCUGAAGGAGAAACUUCUCACUAGGAGCAAAUGGGGGCCGCUGCUCAGGGCAGUGACUGCCAGAAAGAAAUGAACUUGUUUUUUAAGCAUCCUGGCAAGGUGGUCAAAGUUGUCGAGUUUUGAAGAUGUCACGUGGAACGUUUCAUUUAUAUGACAUACAGCAUUUACACAUGAACUGUGAUAACGUGGCUAAUAUUUCUCAGUAUUAACUUGCUUCUGUAAAACAUAAGGGUCAAAACAAAUACUGUCACCUUGUCUUAUACAUAUACCUUGUCUGCAAGCUUGU